UCAGCCCAACAAUUAUGGUGCCCAUCCUUGAAAUGUAACAAAGCCCAGUAUUCGGUCCCAAAUCAAAUCGGCCGCUACUUCACCGUCACCGGCGGUGUGAUUCCUCCGCCGUCUCGUCGAUGAAGAUCUUCUCCAUUUCUUGCUAUUUAAAUUCAAAGGCGCAUAGUUUUUAUCGAAGAAUGCACGUCUAUCAACACUGUUUAUAUUCAACCCGUUCGUCGACGAUAAGGCGAGGUACGGACCAUCUGUUCAGUAGAAUCUCACAUUUGGGUGACCCGAAGUUGUCGGUGGUGCCGGCGCUUGACCGGUGGAUUGCCGAAGGGAAAUGUGCAUACCAACCGGAGAUACGGGAAAUUAUUCAGGAUCUUUUCCGUCAUAGAAGAUUCAAACAAGCACUCGAGGUAUCUUUCUGGAUGACUAAUAAAAGAAGCCUCACUCUAGCUCCUUUUGAUGCUGCUACAAGAUUGAAAUUGAUACACAGAGUUUUUGGUCUGGAUCAGACCGAGGAUUACUUCAAUAAGAUACCAGAAAAUCUGAGGACUUACCAUGUCUAUCUCGCCCUUCUCAACUGCUAUACCAUUGAAGGAUCUGUUGAGAAAGCAGAAUCCCUUAUGGAGAAAGCUCGGAAUUCAGGGUAUGCUACUAAACCAAUAUGGUACAACCUUGUUAUGGAUUUACACUGGCGACUCGGCAACACAGCAAAGGCGAGGGAUCUUCUGAAGGAAAUGGCUGAAAAUGGCAUUCCUUAUGACCAGUUCACACUCUCUGUGUGUAUAAAAGAUUGCGCCGAGUCUCAUGAUGCUAAAGGACUUGAUAAAAUUGUCGCGAAGAUGGAUCAGAAUCCAGGAUCCAUAAUGCAGUGGCGAACACGCAUCACAGCAGCGCAGGGUUACUUGAGAGCGGGCGCGAAGGACAGAGCUUUGGCCAUACUCGAGAUGUUAGAGCAGCAAGCAUUGGUGUGUAAGCCUAAACGCAUAUUGUUUGCUAUGCUCUUUCAGUUAUACGGCGAAGCUGGAAGCAAGGACAGGCUAUACCGGGUUUGGGAUCUUUACAAGAAAAGUAGCAAACCAAUUACUAAAGUUUACAUUCAAAUGAUGUAUGCGCUUAGAAUGUUUGGUGACUUUGAAGGGAUGAAGAAGAUCUACGAGGAGUGGGAGUCGUGUGGGUUGGAUUAUGAUUUCCGGGUUGUGAACUUCUUGAUUGAGGCGUAUUGCGCGCAAGGUGAUAUGGAGAAGGCUGAAGCUUUGUUUGACGAUGGAGUGUCGAAAGGCGGGGAUCCGGUUGUAAUGACAUGGGGUCAUUUGGCUAGAGGUUAUUUGGCAAGUAAUCAAGUGGAUCAAGCAAUUGAUGCAUUGAAGAGGGCAAUUUUGAUAUGCCCCCCAAGGUUUAAAUCUCAUAAGGAGACACUGAUUUCUUGCUUGGAUCAUGUCGAAAAUGGCAAUGGGGAUAGGAUAGAGGAGGUAAGAGAGUCCCUAAUGUCCUUAAGUUAUGUGGGCAAAAUUAGGGUAGAUAAGUGGCUUGAUUUGAUCAAAGAUAAGGACUCUCCAUCCUUUUGAUGUGGUUAGAAAGUGUUUAUGCAUUUAAUAUAUAUUACUUGGGCACGAAUACAAAUUCAAUACAAAAUUAUGGAAAACCCCGUGUGUGUAUGUGUGUGUGUGCGCAUAUAUAUCAAAUACUUUGUUACCAAUUUUUUUUAAGUGUA